UUAGAAAAUUUCUUUCUAAGCGGAAUAGUUAUAGAUAGAAAGAGAUUAAGGGAGAAAAUUGACCUCCUUUUCUAGAGUUAUUCUCUUUUUAGUAUGGUGGAUAGGCGAAGAUCUGGGUCAGGUUCUCACAAAAUUUCAUUGGAGAUUAAUUAAGAGAGAGGACAAGGAUGAGGAACAAGCACCGGAAACCAUCAGCUUACUGUUCGAAUGCAGGAAGCAAAUACUCUCUUAGUUUGCUUACUUUUAUUAUCUGGGGCUUUGUAGGAUGCGUCCUUAUGAUCCAUUUCUACCACAUUAUACACCAUAAUGACCAGGAGGAGACUGAAGUGAAAUUGAGCAAUCACAUGGUUACCCGAGAGUUAGAAGAGGUUGAAGAAGAGAACUUUCAAAUCCCACCUCCUAGAGGAAAGAGAUCUCCACGUGCUGUUUUAAGACGAGGGCCUCGAAAGCCACCGACUGCAAUUGAUGAAUUCUUAGAUGAAGCUUCUGAUAUGAGGCCUUUCUUUUUCCCUGGUAGGAGGAAUGCUGUAGACCCGAGAAAGGGAGGGAAUUAUAGCAUGCAUUUUUAUCCGGCCAGGAUCUGGUUAGACACUGACGGGAAUCCUAUUCAAGCUCAUGGCGGAGGAAUUCUGUUUGAUGAAAAAUCCGAGACCUAUUACUGGUACGGAGAGAAUAAAGAUGGAGAAACUUAUCAUGCUCACAAGAAAGGAGCUGCCCGGGUUGACAUAAUUGGAGUAAGCUGCUACUCCUCGAAGGAUCUAUGGACUUGGAAGAACGAGGGCAUUGUUCUACCCGGUGAAGAAACAAACAUCACCCAUGACCUUCACAAGUCCAACGUGCUCGAGAGACCUAAAGUACUCUACAACGAUCUCACAGGCCAAUACAUCAUGUGGAUGCACAUAGACGAUGCCAACUAUACCAAGGCAUCUGUUGGCGUAGCCAUCUCUAGUUCUCCCACAGGCCCCUUUCAAUAUCUCUACAGUAAACAACCCCAUGGUUUCGAAAGCAGAGACAUGACCAUCUUCAAAGAUGAUGAUGGAAAAGCCUACCUCAUCUACUCCUCUGUAGACAACAGCGAGCUCCAUGUGAGUCCAUUGACUGAUGAUUAUCUUGAUGUCACAAGGGUCGUCAGAAGAAUUCUUGUGGGUCAACAUAGGGAAGCACCAACUCUCUUUAAGCAUGAACGGACUUACUAUAUGAUAACUUCUGGGUGUACUGGGUGGGCCCCAAAUCAAGCACUCGCUCAUGCUGCAGAUAAAAUCAUGGGUCCAUGGGAGACAAUAGGGAAUCCUUGUGUUGGAGGAAACAAGGUCUUUAGAAUGACGACGUUCUUUGCUCAGAGUACAUUUGUUCUUCCUCUGCCAGGGAUUCCUGGCUUGUUUAUUUUUAUGGCGGAUCGUUGGAAUCCGCCGGAGCUUAGGGAUUCGAGAUAUGUAUGGCUUCCUCUUACAGUGGGUGGGUUGGCUGAUGAGCCUUUGGAGUAUAAUUUUGGGUUUCCUUUGUGGUCUAGAGUGUCAAUUUAUUGGCAUAAGAGGUGGAGGCUUCCUCAAGGGUGGAGAACAUGGUAACAUGGUAGUUAUUGAUAUUGAAAUUGUUUGUUGUGAUAAAAUUAUUAGAGGGUUCAGUUUGUGUUCAUAAUGUG